GGCUAGCGAUGGACGGGGGGAAGUUUUACAGCUUUGACAUACUGCCUAAAGGUUGUAGGGCAGGCGAAAUCCCCCCAAACCAGGUUGACCCUCCUCCAUCAGUGGCAGAUGGACAAUACGAGGAUGAACUCCUUCUUAGAGUAUGCAAUUUGUAACCGGGGGACCAGCGCCUACUCGCCCAAGGGCUACCAUCCUUCAGAGCCAGGGGCCACCUCUUUUCCUGCUUUCCCCACCAGUGACAGUCUGAAUGGAGACGGACGCUUUGUAGUGGCAGCGAGCGCGCCCCUGCCCAGCCAUGCUGCCCAGCAGAACCCAAGCUAUCCCCAGCCACACCCUGCGGGGCUCGGCCUCCCUUUCUCGGGCGCUGCCCAGGCCGGGUACCCACCCCAAGCCUGCAACCCCAGCUACGGGCAUCACCAGCUCUACCUCGGCCAGCAGGAUACGGAGGGCCUGUAUUUCCCCUCCCCGGGCUGCUCGGCCCCGACUGGAUCCAACCUCAGCUCUGGAGCAGACAGUUACUGCGCCGCCCUGCCCGGGGCUGGUCUGUGUCCACCCCACCCCUAUGGCCAGGAGCAGCAGGACUACGUGCAGGGACCUUACGGGCAACUUUCCUCGGCUUGGAGCCAGGACAGAAGUCACCCCUGCUUGCCCGAGCCCUGCCCCCCCACCAGCCUCGCGCAAACCUUCGACUGGAUGAAAGUGAAGAGGAAUCCCCCCAAAACAGCGAAAGGCUCCGACUAUGGACCGGUCGGGCCGCCCGGCGCCAUGCGGACCAGCUUCACCACCAAGCAGCUGACGGAGCUGGAGAAGGAGUUUCACUUUAACAAGUACCUCACCCGGGCCAGGCGGGUGGAGAUCGCCGCCACCUUGGACCUCAACGAAACCCAGGUGAAGAUCUGGUUCCAGAACCGGAGGAUGAAGCAGAAGAAACGGGAGAAGGAAGGGCUGGCCCCCGCGGCCGCCGCCCGGGCGGCGAAGGACGUGGGCGAAGCUUCGGACCAAUGCAGUUUCACCUCACCUGAGGCGUCGCCCAAUUCGGUUUCCUCCUGAAAGCGGUGCCUUAAGGGCGCAGAACGGGCUCCGGCUCCUUGAGAACUCAAACGAGGCCCACGGGCGGCGGGGCGCGUAUACAGCCCGUGUGCCCACUCCCACGCUUUCAACCCCGCUCAUAGCCCGCCCAGCUGGGCCCACCCCACUGGCUGUUGCCGGGUGAGCAGAACUGUCCCAGGAGUCGCGAGGUUGGCUCCCCUUCUUCGCUGGUGAUUUAUGGAGGAAUAUUGACCUCCGAAGGGGCGGCUGGCUGCGCCUUUCCCCUCCCUUCCUGGCAGGACCUGUUUGUCUCAGGGACUUCCCCCCUCCCCCCAACGCUGGGAAUUGCACUUUCAACCAGAAGAAACUUUUGAAAGGAAUUUAAUGAUUUCCAUUAAAAAAUAUGCACAAGGCGCCAGAAAUUCGUUGUUCGGUGUAACUCCCCCUCCCUGUGUCUUUUCUUCCUACAGGACCCCCCCUUUUAAACUUUGUCCAUCUUGGCGUGAGACCCCCCCUGUUUACUGAGAAGGGGUCCAAGCCCUCUCGCCAUCAUUUUGCACUAUUGCGGCGGUUCAAAUGCUCCACUUGGGUCAACUGGAAUUGACCACGUCGGCCAAGCACCGGAGAAGAAUUCAGGGCCAGGACUCUGGAGGGGUAAUUUGGCGAGGGGAGGGAACCCGACCAGGGGCUGGAUUGUUCAGUCAUCGUGUUGGCCUCAAAUGCUAUUUAUUGUGUAUUUGGAUAGCCUUAACUCGCAAGAGGAAGCGGUGUUCCUUUCUCUGAGCCGGAGGGAGGGGGGGAAUUUAACAACGGGAACUACUGUGUCAUUAUUCCCCUCUUCAACAAACUUUCGCAUGGAACAUGAACAGCGCGGAAAGCCCUUGUUUUGGGUUUCGUUUUGCUUUUUGGUUUGUUUUAAGGAGAAAAUUACAUCGAGGCCCCCUCCCCCUCAACCUUAGAAUUUUCCUGGGAAUUUCCCAGGUAUUUUGACAUAAAACUACCUCAUUCUAAUAAAGUUUAAUUUUUCAUAGUCUAGUCCUCGUGAUUGUUAGUGACGUGGGAACGCCUCACGCCCA